AUGUUAGCACUCUGGUCCCGGGUAGCGCAGAGCCCGGGCACCUGUAGAUGCAUAUCGUGUGUCUCGAAUGUGCGUCUUGUCGUCAGACGCCGUGGCCUGCGUGGCCUCUGGGCAUUGCGCACGCCGACUUCGACUUUUUGGUACACGGCCGUCUUCGCCGCCGGUCUCAGCAUCGAUGCGAAAGUGAAGGCCGACAGGAACAAACAGUGGGAAGAGGCUUUUGCCCAGCUACGCGAUGCUAUGCACCAUCCACCCGAGCCGAACAACACCCCAGGACGGACCGCCUCAGAACCUGCCAGCGCAACCCACAACGCAUCCGUCUCUGGCAGCCUUUUCGAAGAGGCCGAUUGGCAGGACGCCCUCAACGUCGCCGGCAUGGAGCUUGGGGAUGAUAGCGCUAUGCUUGAGCACCACGUUUCCCAUUUGAGAACCUCUCCUCACAUUUGGGACGAUCUCCGCUUCGAUUCACGACUGCCAGGAGCCCAAGUCCUGGAUUGGCCUGCGAACACUGGCGCGCCUUUAAAUCCCUAUCAUCUGCCACCACAGUCGCUAUGGGCACCCGACGUGCUGCGAUGGUCUGCCUUGCGCCAGCGCCAGAGCCGCAAAAAGCUGGCCCUGCAGGAACUAAGCACUGGCUUCCUGAUCUUCAAACUGAUCCGUGAUGUCGGUUUCAAAGACUCGCACAAGGUCAACGUUUCCUUGAAUCAACUGGCGCCUGCCAUUCGUCAAAUCAUGGCGUCCACUGAUACUGCAGCCGAAACUGCUCGUACAGCCUUUAUGAUGGACAUGGAGCGGUUGCAUAUGGCUCACGUCAGUAGUUCUCCUGAACACUUCGACAGCGCGAGGCUGCAUGUUGAAUCGUCCUGGGUUCCACACUAUUACCAAGAUCCCGAUGGCGACUUCUAUGAUAUCUGCAAGCAGAUGAACGAUGGUAUCACCCAGCUACUCAAUGCAAGCGUGAAGGGGAACCGUGGAGAAAAGCCGCUACUUGUUGCCAAGAUUUGCCACAACCUGCUUAUUUCGACCGCAGCCCCUGACCUUCACACCUUCAACAUACUCAUAGCUGGGUUCUCGUUAUGGCGACGCACUCUACUGGUCGAUAACGUGAUCGCUGCAUUCUAUGCAUCGAAAGUUCGGCCCAAUGAAUUGCUCUGCACUCAGAUUCUGCACCACUACACCAACACGGCACGCCCAGACCAUUUCGCUCGCUUUGUAUCCAUGAUGCGUGGGGUCGAUGGCGAUGCCCUUACGCUGGCAAACCCACUUGUAAAAAUCAACGAGGCGAGCCAGGGACGGUUGGUGAGGCUCAGUCCAGAAAAAGUCCUACAAAAAGUUCAUCCUACACCAAUGGUUUACGCGGCACUCAUCAGCGGCGUGUUGAAAUUUGCGGGAUUCGACAGAGCUUUGGAUGUCUACUAUGAGAUGAAGGCUGAUGGGUGGGGUCUUGCUGUUCCGGGACUUACCAAGCUCCUUUUUGACUGCAUACGUCGUGCGGAUUGGGAAGGCGGCACCUAUGUCUGGGAGGAGAUCAACAGCAUCAAGACCAAAGUGAAGCCGAGCUAUGUGGCAAGAGCUUAUCACCACAUGCUUAGUCUGUGUUCCGUCACUGGCAAUACGGUAGCAUUCAACCAGGUUUUGAACGAGGUUGCGAAGAGAGGGUUUGAUCAGAAAUCCAUAAUCAAUGCUGCCAUGGAGACAACACGAUGGGCGCAGCGCCCUGCUCCCCAUGCACCAGCGUGGGCAGCAGACAACGUCAUGAUCGCAGUUUCGGGCUACAUGAAUGAGAGCGGAACAGUCGCAAGUGAAGUUGAUGGUCUGUCCCAUGAAGAUCCAGAGUUUAGCGAUAGCUCUUUCGGACAGCCGACACAUGAUGAUGACGCUGUGGCUCCCACUGGGAUCAUGAAUACUACACCAUCAAAGGAGUUCGACUCAACCAAUACAGAAGAAGCUUGGUCCUCGUGGAUCGAGCACGAGCUUGGGCAAAGGCCAAAAGACCCAAAGCUUUGA